AUGAAGAAGCUUUCUGGCUGGAGGAAGACGGCCCUUUACCUUACCCUUCUGGCUGCAAUCCUCACGAUCUUCCUUAUUACAGGCCUUGUCAUAUCUCUGCAUGUUAUCAACGGCGGCGGAGCAUCUAUCUUUGGAGAAACAGCCAUCUUGAGCGGUUCAUGCGAUAAGAUUUCCCGUGCAAAUCUCUGGAUCCAUCUCGCCAUCAACGUCAUCGGAACAGGCGUCCUCGGCUCAUCCAAUUUCUUCAUGCAAGUCCUCGUUGCUCCAACGAGGAAAGAUGUCGAUCGCGCCCAUGCUUCAAAGCGCUGGGUAGAAAUUGGUGUCCCAUCGAUCCAAAACUUUCGCUUUAUUUCGAAGCGCCGGAUAUUGCUUUGGGUGCUCUUCUCACUUACCAGUAUUCCUCUACAUUUGGUCUUCAACGGUUCUGUUCUGGAGUCCAAGGCGACGAAUGGAUUUGUGGCCAUCAUGGCCUCGGAGACGUUUCUUGAUGGUGCAAGAUUUACUCUUCCGUCUGUGACGACAUCGUCCAGCUACCCUUCCACUCUAGACAGUGAGAGCCCCCCGAACAAAACUAUCAGGAGUAUCAAGAGUUCUCUGGAUGAAGAGUCCUGGGAACGCUUAGGAUUCCAAGACUGUAUGCGACGCUAUAAUGAUCUUGAAGUCCUCAUGCUAGAUCGCCGGCAUGUCGUUAUGGUCAUGAGCAAUCAGAAUAACACGCCUAGCUCUCAGUGGACUCGAUCCAAUGUCGUCAAAGGAGGUAAUGGCUGGGACGAUCAAGAUGCACCAAAUUCCCUCUGGUUCGCAGGCGCUUAUCAUCGGUUCAGGGAUUCACGGGGGCUCAUCACAAAUUCUACGAAUAACAAUACAGUACCUGGUUACUAUAUGCAACUCGAUCCAGACACUGGCGUCGUCUACAUGAACGAAACAAAGUAUGAGCCCGCAUUUCAAACUAUGAAGGUUGACUACUGCCUCUCCGAAAGGUUUAAUGCUCCCUGUCGACUUAGCAUUGCAAAUCCUCUUCUUCUAAUUGUCUGCAUCAUGUGUCUCUCCAAGUGCCUGUUAUGUGCUUAUACCUUGAAGGUCAGAUCUUGGAGUAGUGAAGAGCCUCUCAUGACUGUCGGGGACGCAAUCUCUUCUUUCAUUGCCAAGCCAGAUACUUGCACAAAAGGAAUGUGCACACUCGAUGCUGAGGACCUGCAUAUGAAACUGGAUCCAGAGAGGGCACUCAGCAGUCCGCGGCCCUGGAAGAAGAAACAAGUGGUGGCUGGUAAUGCAGUAAAUCCAGGUGUUUGGAUCCUUUCUUACAUGCUUAUCGGAAGUCUAUUGGUUCUCAGUGGACUCCUCCUUGCACCUGCGCUGCAGACGCAGUCUUUAGUCACGAUUCGUCCAUCAUCAGAAAAACGCCGACGUCAGCGAUUCGGGGCUCAAGUCAGCAUCACUGCUUGGUCUCACCAUGAUAUCGAAUACACCGCAACUCCUAUUAUCUCUAUGCUACAUGACGUUGAAUGGGUUGAUAACUCGAAUGGUUGCCGAGUUUGA